AGGUGGCGUAUUCCCAGAGCACUGGCCAGAAAGAGCAGCUGAGCCGCUGCCUGCAGCGAGGGAUCAGGCGGGUCCAGGAUCUCUGUAAAGUCCUCCAGCUCCCAAUGGUGUUUGAGGAAACGGCGGUGUCAUACUUCCAGAGAGCUCUGCAGCACCCUUGCUUCCACCUGGUCAGUCUGGAGAAGAAGGAGCUCCUGGGGGGCUGCUGCGUCUUCGUGACUUGUCGACAGCACAACUGGCCCCUGACGAUGGGGACGAUCUGCUCCCUCCUUUACGCGAAGCAGGAGCUGUUUGCCAGUGUCUACCUGAGCCUUCAGAAAGAGCUCGGGCUCUCUGUGCCGGCUCUGAGCCUGGGGGAUCUGGUGAAGACGCACCUGAACAGUUUUCGGCUAUUCCAGCACACAGCCGAUGUCCCUGCCACAUUUGUGGAGGACAAGGAGAAGAUGGUCGCCCGAACGAUGCAGAUCGUGGAGCUGGCCAGCGAGACGUGGCUGGUCACCGGCCGUCACCCUGUUCCCAUCGUCACGGCCGCGGCCUUCCUGUCGUGGCAGUCGCUGCAGCCCACUGCCCGCCUCACCUGCACUUUCGCGCGGUUCUGCAAGCUGGCGGGUGUUGAUCUGCCGCCGCCGGCGCACCUGAGGCUGAAGGAGCUUCUCGAGAUCCUCCUGAGAAUGGCCUCCCAGCUCGCUUGGCUGAGGGUGUUUAACAUGGACAAGAAAACAGUGGUCAAGCACAUCGGGGACCUGCUGCAAGAGCAGCGUGCCACGGCCCCGGGUGAGGGCUCUGCCGGCUCUCCUCCAGCGGCAGGAGGGGCGGCGCAGGAGGAGGGCUGUCCCUCGGAAGGGAAACGCCAGCGUGAGGAUGGCCGGAGGCCCUUGCUGCCGCCCUGCCUUAUCAAUCCGAGGAAGAGACUGCGGACGGCAGCCCUGAGCGCUUCGGAUUCUGCCAUCACUGGUGAUGAGCCCAUCUCCGACAGCGAAAUCGAGCAGUACCUGCGGGGCCCGGAGGAGAUCCGGGCCUUCAGGAAGGCCAAGGCCUGGUCAUGA